AACCAUUGCUAUGAACGCCAAGAAGACAACCUGAAGCAUAUAUCUAUCAUGGUCUAUCCCGCUGUGCUGGAACAGAUCUACUAUUCACAGGGAUCCUCUCAGGAUAUUGUGCCCUGCUGAACGCGUAGAAAUUCCUGACCGGAAGUCACUGUGUUUUGUUUGAAGAAGCUGAUUGGAUAAGGCCGGGCGACGCAUGCUCAGCAUGACAGGCACUCAGGAGGAGCUAGCUAGCUAGAAGACCGGACACUCGCUUCAGGUAAAAGGAUGGACCACGCACAACGAGACAAGUUGUCAGAGCUCGUGGAAGAGUUGACCACAUCUGGGGAACCACAACUAAAUCCAAAUAAACUGAAGGAAGUGAAAAAGAUAUGCAAAGUUUCCAACGACUACAUUGAGCACUUCUACCACCUGGUCAUGACGCAGCUGGCCAAGGAGCAUGCCGAGAUUCGCCUGUCAGCCUUCCAGAUGGUCAGUGAGCUCUUCACCCGCUCACACCACUUCAGGGUCCUGCUGGUGGACAACUUCCAGGAGUUUCUGGACCUGACAGUGGAGACGGACUCAGAUGAGCCUCUGCCACCACCCAAAGAGGUGGCCCGAAAGCUGAAGACCGUUGCCAUCAAAACCGUGCAGGAAUGGCAGGCCACUUACGGAGAGGCCUAUAAGAAACUGGCCUUGGGCUACCACUUUCUCAAGCAGGUUAAAAAGGUGGAUUUUCAUGAUGUUCAGGCCAGAACACUAGCUGAAAGGAAACGAGAGGAGGAGAGACAGAAACGACUGGAGAGGAUUUAUAAAGACAAAGUUGAAAAGGCCACCAAGGAAAUGGAAGAUGCCUCAGAAGAGAUUGAAGAGUGCCUAACAGAGAUAAACAACUGCAUGAAGUUGCUUCUGCCUGCAGAGUUUGACCUCAGUGACCUAGAUACCACAACUCCAGCCAAUAAUUCAACCGCUUCUGUCUCUUCUGUACCUAAUGAGAAGGCUAGCACCUCCAGUGACCUAGACCAACAGCCCUGUUGUAGUAAAGACCUGGAGGUCGAGAGGGAAACCAAUAAUCCAGAGACAAGUACAGCAACGAAAACCAAUGACGAGAAGGAGGAAGAGAAUUCUAGUGAAGAAGAGAGUGAUAUGGAAGAGGUUCUGGAUGAAGAUGCAUUCAUACGCAACACAGGACUCAUAUCUCACAAAUACAGCCUGGACCUGAACCUGUCCACAGAUUUAAAGUUAAAGGAGACAGAGGAGAAUGAAGCAGUGGUGAACACCAUGAAGGAACUGCACAAACUGCUCAGCACUAAACACCUGCCUGUCGUCCAGUCCUGGGUUCAGGUUUUCACCAAGGCAGGUGUGCCAGAACCGCUCCUCAGACGUGCCAUAGACUUGAAGUCGUCGCUGGAUAGAGCUCUGCAGAACCAUGGAGACCUGCACAUUGACUACAAGGCCAGGAAUCGCAGAGUGAUGAAAGCACCGGAGGGCAGUGAUGACGAUGAUGAUGACUUUGAAGAGGUGCCGGAGAAGGAGGGUUUUGAACCACACAUUCCAGACCAUCUACGGGAGGAGUACGGUUUGGAGCCAUCCCCAUCUACCUCUGUGGCCAGUAAGAAGCCAGUCCAGCCUCCAGUGAAGUGUCCUGCACCAGGAACCUCUCACACCUUCUCCAGACCCAGGAAGAGAGCCACGGACGAGGAGCAGGAUCCCACCUGUGCAGCCGCCACACUCCGCCUCUUCAAGCAACGCCUCCUACCCCAGGCACCUAGCACCAGCUCUGCAGCAGGAGGUCAUGUGGACCCCACAGACCAGGCUAGUGACCCCAGUGAGGAGAGGGACAAAGCUCCAGUCAUCCCCUUUGGUCUGGACCUCUACUACUGGGGAGAGGAGCAACCCACUGCAGGCAAAAUCAUCAAGAAUAGCUCCCAGCACCAGUUCUGGGUUCCCAACGAGGUAGAGGAGGAGGUGGAGAAUAAGGAACUGGCUGCCCAGAUGAAGUCCAGGUACAUCACGUUCGCUGGUCGCUUCCAGCCCGUCAAGCACAGGUGCAAAGCCCCCAUGCACAACGGAGCCCUCUGUGAACGCCAGGACCGAGUCAAGUGUCCUUUCCAUGGGCUGAUCAUCCCACGAGACGAGCUGGGAAAACCCACCAACCCAGAGGACGCUGUGCGGCUGGAGAAAGAGGAGUGGAAACGCAGAGAGAACCAGCCUGACUGGCGGGACCCUGAGUUGAUGAGGGACAUAGAGCUUGCCACUGGGGAGGACCUGGGGUCCUCCAAAACCUUUGGGAAGGGCAAGAAAUGCAAGGGGAAGGGCAAGAAGAAGAAGUACCCCAACCUCAGUGAUCUGAAGAAGAGUGUCAACACUUCACGCUCCAGACUAGAGAGGAAGGUUUUCAACCCGAGCUCCAUGAGGCGAGUGACAGAUGUCAUGAAUAAAAUGGACAAAUUGAAACACGCAAAGUUUGCAAACCAAUUUAAUUAUGCACUGAAUUAACAGGAAGUUGAGGAGGCCAGUGGAUUUUGUGGCAGAAAUAUAAUCCUCAUCUACAUGUACUGGUAGAAAUGACUAUGGAAAUGUCUACUACAUUCACACGCACAUCUCAUUUCCAUGUAACAAGAUAAUGUUGAAUUACCUCACAUUUAUGCUUUCUAUUUUGUAAAAGAACAAAAAAUGUUUUUAUAUGUUUUUAUGAAAUAAUUUGUCAAAUAAUGUUAUUUGUUGAUUUAUGUGUAACAUAAGGGAAAAUGCAGUGGCAAUCUUUGUCACCAGUUAGCUAUUUACACUUAAUGUAGUCUACCCUUGUAAUUUUCAAUGGCAGAACUCUCAGAACUCUUUUUACAGCUUUUUGCACUGUAACUAUUUUUCCAAUAUCUCUUUUCUAAUUAUCACAACCAUUGAGUGCUUAAUGUAUCAAUGCUAUUAUGUGGAAGUGGUAACCGAAAUUGAAACCGUUGUGGAUGACAGGCAGCUUUUAACCAAUGUUGCUCUUGACUCCCAUACAGUCCUGUGUCUGAGUUUGAAAGCACUGUAGGGGCUUAUAGAAACUUCUAUAGGUUGCCAAUAGCUGCUCUGCAUCAGCCCUCUCUGGAGUGAGAGAGAAAGACAGCCUAUUCACCUCACAUAAUAUCUUAUAUAUUUGCUUAUAAUAUUUUUUCUCUGAUAUGUAGUAGUAGUAUGUUGAUGAUAGUGAAUGUUCUUGUGUUGGAUUAGUGAAUGUUGAUUGCAAGGAGGGAUAUCUUCAGGCUCUGUUGUUGGGCUAUUUUGGUUCAGGCAGGCAGCAAUUGGGCAGGUGGGAGACAUUAAAAAGUGAAUGUUGAGCUUUGA